AUGGAGUCUGACAGAGAGAACAGUCAUGGGAAUCCACAAGCCAGAGAUUCACCUGUAAACAACAAAAGACGCUCUCCCCCCUCAGACACGCCUCCUUUUGGCGCUCAUCUGAGUACACACCACAGCAUCUCUACUGAUGAACAGGACAGCCCAGAGCGAAUUGUUCAAAAGGAGAAACUCCAUGCAGAACUAAAACAGGUUUUGAGUCUGAAAAGAAGCCAGUUUAGAGACACCCAAUCCACCCACACAGACAUGGAGGAACCCCUCAAGACAGACAGUAAGAAUGAGAUGGAGAAGAAAACCCAUUUGUCAGAGCUUGUGGAAGUGGUUGUUGAAACACAGGCUGAGGUUGGAGCUAGUGGGUACAGUGUUGUGGGUGGAGGGGAGCAAGGCAUCUUCAUCAAAGAGGUUUUGAAAGACUCCCCAGCAGCAAAGCACCUCAGUCUACAGAAAGGAGAUCAACUUCUAAGUGCCAGGGUGUAUUUUGAUAACGUGAAAUAUGAGGACGCAUUAAAAAUUCUUCAGUGUGCAGAACCCUACAAAGUGUCCUUCUUUUUGAAGAGGACUGUGCCAGGAAGUGAAGUCAGCAUACAUCCAAGUGCACAAAAUCUUGAGCCCAGAGGACCUAAGGUCAAGAUGCAAAAAAUGAGCGUCAAAAGCGUGAAACCGUUCAAAACCAAGAAAAUGAGAGGAGGAAGAUUUGGAUUGAAAAGACUGAAAGAGAACAAAAAAACAAGAGCACGGGAAGAGAUGGAUGUUGAGGGCUCUGGUAGAUCGGACCUCAGUUCUGUUGAUGUUGAGUUUGUAUUCCCAAAGUUCAAGAUGAGGAAAGGUGGGAAUGCCACUGCAGAUGGAUCAGGAAAUCUGGAAAGAGUUAUCACUAAGAAGAAGAGGAAGAUCAGAUUUCCAAAGAUGAAGGCCAUGGAUGCAACUGUGGGUGAAGGGAAUAUCAACGUAGAUGUUUCAACACAUGAGGCCUCUAGAGCAAAGCUGAAGGACAAGACGAAAGGUCCAAAAUUUGGAAUGAAUUUCCCUAAAAUUAAAAAGUCAAAGAUAGAUGUACAAUCUUCAAAUGACAAUUUUGAGGUGAAAGCACUAGAAGGAAAAUUUAAGCCUCCAUUAGCAGAGCGUGAUUUCAACAUGCCUCAGAGCAAAGCUGAAACUAAUGUUCCUAAUCUUGAGGUUAGUUUUAAAGGUAAAGGAGAGGGUACUGAGAUAAAAAUGCUGAAGAUAAAUCCGGAUGUCUCGGAUACAAUGGGGACUGUUCCAAAGUUUAAGCUGCCAAAGGCAAGACUUUCUUGUCAUUCAGAUGAAAUUGAUGGAGAGACAAGGAAAGAAACUGAUACAUCUGAAAAUAAACUUAAAAUGCUCAAGAUUGACAUCAAAGCACCAACUAUGGAUUUAGACUUAGAUCUCCCAAAGUCUAAGGGCACGGCUGAAUUCAAAGAUGGUGAAGUUCCUGAUUGCAAUGUAAAAGGAACAAAAAUCAACAUAGCCAAGCCUGACACAUCAUUACCAGUGCUAAACCUUCAUGCAAAACAAAAAUUUGGAGAUGCCAUUGAUGGAUCCAUGGUCAAAGAGCAAAAGAUUUCUCUCCCCAAACCUGACAUUGCAGUGCCCAAGAUAAAAAUGUCAGAUCUUCCUACAUUAGACGUGUCAUUACCAAAGAUGACUGAAAAAAACAUUGAUAUUGAGGGACAUGCAAGUACUGGGGUAAAAUAUGAAAUGACAAAAUUAAACAUCUCUCUUCCAAAAGUAACAUCCCCUGAGGCUGAAGUCAUAGUUGAAGUACCUGGAGCAAAAGGUGGAACAUUUCACAAGCCAAAUAUCAGCAUUUCGUUACCAAAAGGUAAAGGUGAAGCAAAGGUGGAUGGUCAUUCUGAGAAAGGACCAAAUGUGAAAAUGCCACAAAUAGACAUUUCCCUCCCCGAAAUGAAAUUACCACAAGGUAAAAUUGAUAUAGAAGGGCCUGAGGUUGACAUUUCCUUGCCAAAAGAAAUGCUAGAGGUAGGUGCAGAUGAUAAGGGCCACUUGGGAAAAGGGGAAAAGAUUAAAAUGCUUAAAGUAGAUGUCUCACUACCUAAUGUAAAAUCACCUGAGCAUGCCAUUGCUGAGGGGCCUAAUAUAAAAGCAGGAAAACUGAGUAUGCCAUCAACUGAAAUUUCACUUCCUAAAGGUAAAACUGAGGGAAAUAUUGAGAUUGGAGACCCAUCUGGGAAAGGAGGCCAAUUUAAAAAGCCACAUCUAGAUGUCUCGAUUGCAAAAAUGAAAUUAUCCACAGGUGCAAUCAAUACUGAGGAUCCAGAGGUCAAAGGUGGGAAAUUCCAAAUGCCACCCACUGAUAUAUCAUUACCAAAAGGAAAAAUAGAGGUCAGUGUUGAGGUUGAGGGUCAUUCUGGAAAAGCAAACAUGCCCGAAAUUGAUCUAAAUAUGUCACUGCCAGAAAGUAAACUUGAUUCUUUGAGUCCUGAUAAAGGGAAGUUUAGCACCCCUGGAGCUGAUAUUUCAUUACCAAAAGGAAUAACAGAUGAACAGAUUAAUCUUGAGGUUGAGAAGGGAGAUAAGUGUCAGAUUCCUGAAUCUGAUAUAAGUCUACCUAAACUCAAAUCAGGAGAAGUUGUUUUUGAUGUUAAAAGAUUCAAUAGGAAGUUCCACAUGCCAGCAACUGAUAUUUCCUUGCCACAUAAAAUAGACGAAAGAGAUGUUAAUGUGGAACCCUCUGGUAAAUGUGGAAAGAUUGAAAUGCCAAAGGUUGAUAUCUCUCUGCCUGCAGUGAAAGCUUCUGGUAUUGAGAUUUCCUCGCCAAAAAUGAAGUCACCACAAGGUGACAUCAGUAUUGAAGGGCCUGACAGCAACAUGCCAUCCGCUGAUAUAUCAUUUCCAAAAGUAACUGACACAGGUGAUGUACAUCUAGGAAGACAUUCAGGAAAAAUAGGAAAGCCUGAUAUUCCAAACCUGGAUAUUUCCUCACCAAAAUCUAAAUCAACCAAGGGGGAACUCAGUGUGGAAGGACCUGAAUUCAAAGGUGGUGAGUUAAAUAUACAUUCUUAUAAUAUCUCCUCAGCAGAGGUUAAAACAGAGGGUGAUAUUUGUCUGGAGGGAAAAACCAAAAAGGGCACAAAAUUUCACAUGCCAAAAUGGAACAUCAUUUUACCACAAAUAAAAUCAGCAGGGACUGAAAUAAAUAGUGAAGGACUUGAAUUGAAGGGUGGGAAGAUAGAUAUGCCAGAUGUUGACAUUUCUCUUCCACAAGGAAAAGUAAAGGGAGAUGGUAAAGUUAAUGACAGAAAGGGGGGCAAGUUUCAUUUUCUUCAAAUUGAUUUGUCACUUCCAAAGAUUAAAAAAAGAUCUGUGGAAGUCAAUGUAGAAGGACCUGAUCUAAAAGGAUGCAAAGUUCACACACCUUCCCUUGAUAUUUCUUUGCCUAAAAAUAAAACUGAGAAGAACACUGAUAUAGAAGGCCAUUGUGGAACAGGUAUAACAUUUGAAAAGAAAGAUCUUUCACUGUCAAAAGUAAAAGCUACAGAAGGAGGAAAUGGAGCUGAAGCUCCUCAGAUCCAAGGAGGAAAGUUAGAUAUGCCAUCAACUGAAAUGUCCUUUCCAAAAGGGCAGGGGAAAGGAAACAUUGAUCUUGAUUGCAUAAAAACAAAUUUGCCUAAAUUUGUUAUUAGCUCACCUACGAUUAAAUCUUCAGAUGGAGAAAUCAAUAUUGAUAUCAAGGAUGGAAAGUUUCAAAUGCCUUCUAUUGAUAUCUCUCUGUCAGGAGGAGGAGCAGGAGGAGAUGUAGAUGUUGAAGGACAUACAGGAAAAGGAGGAAAAUUUGAAAUGCCAACAUUUGAUGUUUCCUUGCCUAAAUCAAAACCAUCAGGAGGUGAAAUCAACACUGAAGAUCCCAAAACCAAGGGUGGAAAGAUUCACAUGCCCUCUAUAGAUACAUCUCUGCCUGCAGGAGGCACAGGAGGAGAUGUAGAUGUUGAAGGACAUGCAGUAAAAGGAAAGAAAAUUGAGAUUCCUACAUUUCAUGUUUCUUGGCCUAAAUUAAAACUAUCAGGAGGUGAAAUCACCACUGAAGAUCCCGAUAUUAAGGGUGGAAAGAUUAACAUGCCCUCUAUUGAUGUCUCUCUGCCUGCAGGAGUCGCAGUAGAAGAUGUAGACAUUGAAGGACAUGCAGGAAAGGAAAGAAAACUUGAGAUGCCUAAAUUAGAUGUUUCUUUGCCUAAAUUAAAACCAUCAGGAUGUGAAAUCAACACUGAAGGUCCUGAUAUCAAGGGUGGAAGGAUUCACAUGACCUCUAUAGAUACAUCUAAGCCUGCAGGAGGCGCAGGAGCAGAUGUAGAUGUUGAAGGACAUGCAGGAAAAGGAAAGAAAAUCGAGAUGCCUAAAUGUCAUGUUUCCUUGCCUAAAUCAAAACCAUCAGGAGGUGAAAUCGACACUGAAGAUCCCAAAAUCAAGGGUGGAAAGAUUAACAUGCCCUCUAUAGAUACAUCUCUGCCUGCAGGAGGCACAGGAGGAGAUGUAGAUGUUGAAGUACAUGCAGCAAAAGUAAAGAAAUUUGAGAUGCCUAAAUUUCAUGUUUCUUGGCCUAAAUCAAAACCAUCAGGAGGAGAAAUCAAUACUGAAGAUCCUGAUAUUAAGGGUGGAAAGAUUAGCAUGCCCUCUAUUGAUGUCUCUCUGCCUGCAGGAGGCAAAGGAGGGGAUUUAGAUGUUGAAGGACGUGCAGGAAAAGGAAAGAAAUUUGAGAUGCCUAAAUUUCAUGUUUCUUGGCCUAAAUCAAAACCAUCAGGAUUUGAAAUCAACACUGAAGGUCCUGAUAUCAAGGGUGGAAAGAUUAACAAGCCCUCUGUAGAUACAUCUCUGCCUGCAGGAGUCGCAGGAGGAGAUGUAGAUGUUGAAGGACAUGCAGGAAAAGUAGGAAAAUUAGAAACACCAACAUUUUACGUUUCUUUGCCUAAAUUAAAACCAUCAGGAGGGGAAAUCACUGAAGGUCCCGAAAUCAAGGGUGGAAAGAUCCACAUGACCUCUAUAGAUACAUCUCUGACAGGAGAAGGAGCAGGAGGAGAUACAGAUGUUGAAGGGCAUCCAGGAAAAGGAAGAACACUUAAAAUGCCUAAAUUGGAUGUUUCCUUGGCUAAAUUAAAACCAUCAGGAGGUGAAAUAAAUGUUGAAGGUCCCGAUAUCAAGGGUGGAAAGAUUCACAUGCCCUCUAUAGAUACAUCUCUGCCUGGAGCCAAAGAAGGAGAACUUGAUCUGGGUGAUGACACUAAAAAUGGUUUAAGAUUUCAGAUUGCCACUGUCUCUGUCCCUAAAAUGAAACUAACAGAUCAUGAACUAAUAGUUGGGUCAGAAAAGAAAUCCAUAGAUAGUUCAGUUCCUGAACUGACUCAUGAUUCUGAUAUAGCGACCAAAGCUACUGGUGUCAAAAUUAGAGAUCUAAAUGUCCCUGAAGUAACUUUAGGUGGGAACAUCAAGCUGCCAAGUGUGAAAAUACCAACUGUUGACAUAUCUGAUCCUAAAGUUGACCUGGACUUUACUCUUCCAAAGGGAAAGGGCAGUGACAGAGAAAACAUUGAACUUCUUAAGGCGGAGGAGGGAAGGCCAUCAUCUGGGGCAGACGUCUCUAUGAAAAUGCCCAAAAUAUCACUUCCUAAAUUUGGCAGAAAAUUUAAAAGUGGAGACAAACUAGAACUAGACAGUCCUGACUUAUCAAUAGAUUUGGACUUGGAAAGAACAUCACCAUCAGUGGAAACAUCUAAGAGGGAUACUGAAAUAAUUGGUACUGAUGCUGAAAUUAAGAUAAAAGCAGGCGCUGGAGAAAUUACAAAACCAGAAAUCAGUAGAGUAGAGGGUCCUGAUAUGAAGGUCAAAUCCAAGCUCAAAUUUCCCAAAUUCAAGACACCUACCCCUAAAGCAAAACUCAAAGAUGCAGAAAUGGAUAUGCCUGGAUUCCUGGGAAACAAAGGAAAGGUCAGAAUGCCAGAAGUUGAGAUAUCAUUGCCAAAAGCAAAUAUUCCAGAAUCUGAGGUAUUGCUUCCUAAAACUGAGGUUGAUGUAUCUGAAGCAGAUAUCAGAGGUUAUGAGGGCAGUUUAAAAAUUCCUAAGAUGCCAACAAUUGACAUAUCAGAUCCAAAAGUUGAUUUGGAUGUUUCCUUGCCUAGGUUAAAACUUAAUGAACCAGUAGACUCUUCUGACUUACACAUUAAUAGUAGUAGGGGUACAGCAAAUUUUCCCCAUGUCAAGAUACCUAAAGUAGACAUUUCACUUCCUCAUAGAAAAACAGGUGACACGGAUAACCAUGAGGUGGAGAUUGGAAGGAAGGGUAAAAUAAGAAUCCCAGAAGGGAAUAUAUCAUUACCAGAUGCAAAACAUGACACAUCUAAUGCUGACACUGAAAUCAAAGGUAAAAUGCAAAAAAUGUCUGUGCCCAGUCUUGAUAUAUCAUUGCCUCAUGGAAAAACAAUAAAAAAUGAUGGUCCUGAUAUAGAAUUUGGAGUGAAAAUGGCAGACAUUACGGUGCCUAAGAUAGAUGUAUUGCUACCUCACAGAAGCAAAGAUGAAAGUCAUGCACCUGAUUUAGAACUAGAAGGUGGAAAAUUAAAAAUGCCAGCAACUGAUAUAUCCCUUCCUAAAAUAAAAUCUAAAGACGUUGUUCCAGAACUUCAACCAGAUUUAGGAAAAGGUAAAGUCAUGAUCCCUGGAAUUAAACUACCAACAAUAGAUGACUCAUUUCCUCAUGGUAAAACAGAGGACACUGGUGAUCUUGAACUGGGAAUGUGUGGCAAAGAAGGGAAAUGUAAGGUUCCUGACAUCAAAAUUCCAAAAGUAGAUGUAUCAUCUCAAGGUCAACCAGAGAGUGCAGAGAAAACAGAGGUCAGAAGACAAGGCGGCAACUUUCAAUUACCAACAAUAACAAUACCCAAAGUGGAUAUAUCAUUACCAAAUGGCAAAUCAGAUGACCCUCAGGCUUCAGGGUCUGUGGAAGUAGAAGAAGGGCAAUGUAAAAUUCCUGGUAUUAAGAUACCACAGGUAGCCAUAUCAUUACCAGAAACUAGAACGGGAGAGAUUGAUACCAAAGAGGGAGAAUCUGGAGGAGGGCAUGGAAAAUUCACAGUGGCAAUUGUUGAAAUCCCAAACCUAGAUACAAAAAUUUCUAGUGAUGCAAACAUGUCAGAUCCUUCCACUGAUGCGCAGCUUAAGGUUUCACAUAAAGAGGGUAAAAUGUUGAGGAUGCCUAAUGUGGAUCUAGAGCUGGAUCUGGGCUUAUCAAGAGAAGGAAAAAAGAAUAAAAAGAAAAAUGAACUUCCAGAUCUGGAACCUGCCACACCGAAAGAAAAAAUAAAAGGGCCAAAAGUUAAAGGUUCGAAAUUUUAUAUUGGAAUGCCAAAAUUAAAAGUAUCUAGAUUAGAAACCAACAUAAACAAGUCAGGAAAAACAGAUACUAAAUUUGUAAAAGGAGGAACUGAUGCAAACUUUAAAGCUGAUUUACAAGCCCCAAAGAUUCCUGAACUUGACUUUGACAUUGAGACUGCCCAAGCUGACACUAAUAAUUCUGAAGAAGAUAAAAAGCAGACCGGUAAAGGCAAAAUUCCAAAAUUUGGGAUACCUCUGCCUUCUUUAAGUUUACCAGAAGCCAACAUCCGUUCAUCUCAGGAAAAAGGUCACUCUGUAAACACAGACUCUGAGGCAGAGUGUGAAAGCCCACAUGUGCCAAAAGUAAAAAAAGCUGUAUUUGUUAUGGUGAAUCCACAAAUGGAGAACACUGCUAGUAUAGGUGGUGAAGCAAGUGCAGAAAUUGCAGAUGAGAAGCUCAAGCAGCCAAAGAUCAAAAUGAAGCCAAGUUUUGGCAAGUCUCGAUCAAAUGAUAAGGAGAAAGCAAUAUAUUAUAAAGAUGAGGUGGAAACUGAGGGAAAGUCAAAAACACAAAAGUUUAAAUUGCCAAAAGUGACAUUUUCGUCUGGGCAGAGAGGCUCACUUGAUGUAACACCAAGUGGGUCUGAUGAUGGAACGAAUCCAAGUCUAAAUGGUGAUAAAGAUGAAAAAUCAAUGUUUGGAAAGCUUAAAAUGCCUAAAGUGGAGUUUUUCUCACCAUACUCAAAAGAUGCAAGUGAGGAAGAGGAAAUGGAAACCAGCCUGAAACUCAGGAAGGAGGCCUUGGGAGAAAGCAAAGAGAGCAAGGAGUCAAAAACAAUAUCAGGCACAAUGUCGUUCCCAGGUCUCAGGAAGAAAACAGAGAAGGAUGAGGAGGUGAGAAAUAUUAGUACUAUAGUAUCCUCGAAAGCAAGGACUGAAAUGUUGGCAGAAAGGGAGGGAUCAGAGUCUCCAGUACCCACAGUAUCAGCUGAAUUUGUCUCUGUAACGAAGAGUGAAGAAAGAGAGGAGACUACAUGGUUCAAAGUACCCAAGGUCACCCUUAAUCCCCAUUCUACCGGCAUCCAUAAUAUCACACCAGAAAGCUCUCCAAAAGGAAGCAAGUCCUCUCUUCCUUGCUCUAGCGAGGAAGCCUCUGGAGGAUUCUAUGUGAAGAUGCCAAGCGUUGAGUUUUUGACCCGUGAAAUGCCCUCAGAGCCUUUGAUUACUAAAACAGAGGGAACUCUUACUGUAGUGACUAAGACAACAAAGUAUACAGAAACAAAAAGUACCAGUUCGAAACAGUAAGAAUCUCAGUUACAGAACUGUGACAUAAAAUCGGUAGUGGCAUAAUAAUUAGACCCAAAUAUUUGUAUAUGUGACAAUUAUUUCAGUCUUGCAGCUUUUAUUCUAUUUAAAGUAGGGAAAGCAAAAAUAUUUGAUCCAGUUUUUGCAAGAAAUACAUAACUUAUACAUAAUGAAAAUGUAGAGAAUAUUAUUUAUUGUAGAACUUAUUUUCAUAUUUUGUAGCUUUCCAACAUUUUUAACUUAAACACAAUAUAGGCACAAAUCUGUGUAACAUAGAUAGAUGCAAAGAUAUUUAAAAACAGAAUAGUUUUUUUGUGUGUGUUUUUUUUCUUCUUCUUUUUUGUGCUCACACUUUUCUUGUGCAGUCUUGAAUGACAUUUAUGCUGUAGCAAUUUUACAGCAUUUUGGUAAUAUUGCUUUGCCUUUUCGAUGCCUGGUUUGUCUCUGUAGUUUAUGGUUGUUGUUAUGGAAUUGUGUGUAUUUUAAAUAACUAUUAGAAGUACAUGUACUAUUUUACAUAUUUAUAUGCAUGAUCUGUACAGAUAAGACACUAAAAAGAAAGCCUUUAAUGUUAAGUAUUUUUGUGAUACAUAUUUUUGCCACUUUUAAGAUAAAUUUAAAUAAUAUUAAGGUUUUUUUUUUUUGUUUGUUCAUUUUAUUUGAAUUCUUCCGAGUGUGAAAUUUUUUUCUUUUCAUUUGUAAAUUGUGUUAGUGAUGGGAUUAAUCUAGAUGCAAGCAAUGCUGUUGUAUAUGUAUCAUAUUUUAGGCAGGUUUAA